GCCAACACGACCAGCAUUUUCAUGUCGCCAUCGACGCCGUUGCGGAGCCGAAGGUGAUUCGGACAAGCAACUAUCGAAUGCACGGUGGAUCUGUGACGGACUUGCGGCGCUACCUUCCCUCUCUUAGCGAGAACGCCUCCCCUGCCUCUUGCGAUUCCUCCUCGCGAUAGAGAGUCCACCACGCCGCACCCCAACACCACCACCACACCUCGUCUGUCGUUACAGAGCCCUCUGCCGGACCACGGGACCCCGUGUGCACGAAUGCGACGCUGACCUGCAGCCGGCGGAGCUUUCAAUGAGGAGGCGCUCGAGCGAGGGAAGCGAAGAUGAGGCUCGCGACAGGCCGCACGUCAGCACCGGCAGCAGCAAGAAGGGCAGGGCGGAGGUGAUGGCUCGGGAAUCAGCACAACCCGUCCGCGCGACAACGCGGCACAUGUCUGCGCAACAACAGCAACAGCAACGAAAAGCAGCCACCAAGGAAGCCAGUGUGCUGCUCACAGAAAAGGCGCCAUGGCCGCGGACAACGCCCAUACCGAACCCGCCGCUCGAACCCGGCACUCUCGACGAACCCGUCCCUUCCAAAUCGCGCGCCGAAUACGUUGCCGACCAUUUACGAAAACAUGCAGAAAGACGACGGAGUCCAUGGAGAUGUUCCUUCCUCACGCUGGCGACGAGCAUCGGUGCCAUCGUCAUCCUGUUGACCGUGGUCCACUCGUUCCUGAACCGACAGCAGGACCCGAAAGGAUGCGCCAUGUCUUACAUGCGGCCGCGCUUCGACCGAUUUCCCGACUUCGAUACAGAACAUACGCGCUUCGCGAGCAAAUACUCAUUAUACCUCUAUCGCGAAGGCGGCGUGGAUGAGGAUAUCAGAGUCAAAGGGAUACCGGUGUUGUUCAUCCCUGGCAACGCUGGGAGCUACAAGCAAGUGCGACCCAUCGCUGCAGAGGCGGCAGUGUAUUUUCACGAUGUAUUACGACAGGAUGGAGACGCGCAGGGAGAGGGCAAGCGACCGCUGGACUUCUUCACUGUCGACUUCAACGAGGAGCUCAUUGCAUUUCAUGGCCAAACUUUACUCGACCAGGCCGAGUACCUGAACGAGGCCAUCGCAUACAUUCUGGCACUGUAUCAUAAUCCUCAGCGAUCCGCUCGCGAACCGGGGCUGCCAGACCCCAAAUCUGUGAUCAUGCUCGGUCAUUCCAUGGGAGGUGUAGUCGCCCGGACGAUGCUUCGAAUGCCGAAUUACCAGGAGAACACGAUCAACACUAUUUUGACACUAUCAGCGCCCCAUGCGCGACCCCCGAUCUCAUUUGAUGCCGCGAUGGUCUCUACAUACAACGACAUCAACACGUACUGGAGGAGGUCUUUCUCCGGCUCGGCCGCAAAGAAUCCACUGGACGAUGUGACUUUGGUGUCCGUGGCAGGAGGUGGCCUCGACACCAUGAUUCCGUCAGAAUACACAAGUUUGACAUCACUUGUGCCUGAUACACAUGGUUUUACAGUCUUCACGUCGAGCAUCCCUAAUGUUUGGACAGGCAUGGAUCAUCUGGCCAUCAUGUGGUGCGAUCAAUUCCGCAAAGCAUUGGUCAAGGCAAUCUAUGAUGUGAUCGAUGUACGCCGACCUUCACAGACAAGACCACGCCCAGAGCGGAUACGCGCGUUCCGGAAAAGACUGCUCACCGGCAUGGAACCAGUCGUCGAAAAGGGUCUUCUGGAGCAGGAGCCUACGACAUACCUGACACUUGAACACAGCUCGACAGGUAUUAUGUCGCACGGUGAGCGACUAGUGUUGCGAUCGCUUGGUGAUACAGGGACCACGAAAGCGCAUGUGAUGCCUAUCCCAGCACAGCCAUUCGUGGAAGGCAGCAAGUUCACGCUCCUCACGGAUCAGAAACUCGAUUCGGAAGAAGAUGACGGGACAAUGUCGGUCCUGCUAUGCAGCGUCUUCCCUCCACCCGCAGGGUUCUCAGUACUCUCGUACGCCAUCAAUUUGGACCCCUCGAACAGUGCGGGUGGAUCUACGAGGCUUGCCUGCAAGAAUGCCGUUUCUGAUGUAUCGUUGCUGCCCGCAUCGAAUAAAGAUUCAGUCAACGCGUUCGAUGGCACUCAUCCGUUCUCGUAUCUGCAGUAUGAGCUGUCAAGCAUUGCUGAUUACCAAUUCAUUGCCGUGGUUGAGAAGGCGAAAGAGCGAAUGCCUGGGUGGGUCAUCGCUGAAUUCAGCAAUGCUGCAGAGUCUUCGAUCAAGGUCAGCAAAGGCCACCACCAACUGCUGCUCAGCGGCGCCACUGUCCGACUGCCUGCAAAACGGCCAAUGAUGACGGAGCUCAAGAUCCCAGAAGUGCACUCGACUCUGUUCGCGUAUUCGCUCGAGGUGGAUAGAAAGCCAUGCCGGAAGCACGAGGAAAGCUUCGCUCCUCUCAUGCGACAGUACAUCGCGGAACCAUACGAGUCCAAGUACUUUGUCAAUACCAAAGGCGGCAACAUCAACGUGCACGGUCUAUCGCCGUAUAUGCCUCCGCGAUUGAGCGCUGGACCAGUGACCGAAGGGCUGUCGCUGCAAUUCUGGACGGAUCCUACGUGCAAUUCGACUGUCGAAAUUUCGUUCAAAGUAGAUGUACUGGGCAGUGCUGGCAAGCUUGUCAUGAGGUACCGGACCGUCUUUGCAGCAUUCCCGAUUCUGGUUGUCGCGCUUGUACUUCGCAAGCAAUUCAAAGUGUACGACACGACGGGAGUGUUCAUCAGCUUCACACAGAGUAUGGAUCAGUGCAUCCGCACUUCUCUGCCGGCAAUAUUCAUUGCUUUGACGUUCUUCGCCAUUGCGGUCUCCAAGUCCAGCCAUAACUUAUGGACGCGACACUGGCUGAGCAAGUCGACUGGAACAUCUGAACAGGCGAUCGACUUCACAGUCAACGAUCUGAUGCUCGGCACUUCGGAUCCUUUUUUCUGGUUUCUGGUUCCGCUGUUUGCGAUCAUCUGCGUGGGAAUCUGUAUUGUCAUGAACUAUGUCGUCCUUGUCCUGACACACACGAUUGCUCUGGGUGUUGCGAAGGUUCUGAGAUGGGCGCAGGGGCCUCCAGAGGAAUCACGCAGAGCACAACUACCCAACACUGGACUGCUCAAUCGUCGCAACCUCACGAUCGCAGUUUUAUUACUGCUAGUGGUCACGAUCAUACCCUACCAGUUCGCAUACGCAGUCCUCUGCCUGGUUCAAGCAGUAACCUGCAUCCGAGCAAUCAAGACCGCACAGGAAUCUCAAACUCCACAGAGCUACCACUUCUACAACUACGCACACUCCGUCCUGUUACUCAUGCUUUGGAUCUUACCAAUCAAUGCCCCCGUACUGGUCGUUUGGAUACACAACCUCACGGUACAUUGGUUGACGCCCUUUUCGACUCAUCAUAAUCUUCUCUCCGUGCUCGGAUACAUCUUGCUGGUCGAGACGAUGAGCACGAACAACAUGAUACCGCGUGUGACGAGUCGAGUACGCUACUUCACCAAUACCUUAAUGUUUGCAUUAGCACUCUACGCCGCGGUAUAUGGCGUCACCUACGCCUACCGGAUGCAUUACCUCGUCAAUGCGCUCUGUUGCUGGCUCUUCGUCAUCCAUCUAUCGAAUUCCGGCUCGCUGGCGAGUUUGGCGAGGCAUUUGUCCGGCAGUAGUAGCAGUGUCACGCCAUCCACUGCGCCUCCGGCCUUAGGAUCAACAGUACCGCCCGUUCGCGGCAAGAAACGACCGUGAUCGUUAUUCUGCAGUAGUUUGCGAUCAUUUUACAUUUUACGACGAUGAACAAAAAUUAUACCCAGGGCUUUGUUUUUAUUACCAGACGUAUGGUGUUGCGGAGGAAGUCCGCGAGGGACGGAGAGAGGGAUUUAGAAGGCCGUCUUCUGUCUGACUGUGAGCGUGACCUUCAUUGAGGGCGGGGAAAAAUGAAAGCCAUUCGAGGAGACGUAAGCAUACUUGAGUCGAUCAUGAUGAGCACGAGGAAGCAGCAACAAUUACAACAAUCACAAACACCGCCGCCACAACAACACCUACCUGUCAUCAGAAACCGCAUUGGGAAGCAUAUUCUUGGGUUUGUUGGGAGCGUUCAUGUGUUCGUGUAGCGGUUUUUUCCCUUUGCCCUCGUUUCUGAGGGAGUUUUCAAUGUAUAUACGACAACAAGGCUAGAGACAGAGAGUGUGGAGAGUUCCUGGCGAUGAAGCAAGGCUUCGACAGAGAGC